GACAGUAAAAUGGGCUGUAAAGAAUGAUUAGCAGGGUGGCUACAGUUCAUAAGCCAUUCAGACAACAAGAUGUACCAGGAGGGAAGAGGACUGGGGAAUAUUUUCUUCCUUUAACAAAAUAUCUACUGUAUACUUUCAGAUUUGAUGAAAGUGGACAAGUAUGAAGUAGCAUUUUCAAGUAUGAAGUAGAAUUUUAGAAGGCACUGGUUGUGUUAUCAUACAAGUAUGAUAAUCAGUGGUUUCAACAUGGAUUCAGAGGAGGUCAUGGUGGAAAUGGAAAAAACUGGAAGCUCCUCAGAUUCUCAACCAGACCAAGCAGUCCCUCUUUCUGUGGUCUCAGGGUUGCGAAUAAUCCUGAUCGGAGAGAGAGAGGCGGGGAAGAGUGCUGUGGGCAAUGCCAUCCUGGGCAGAGGGAUGUUUGACGCGGUGGGGGUGAGAACAAGAGAGGCGGUAAAGCGUCAGGGAGAGGUGGCCGAGAGGCAGGUGACAGUGGUGGACACGCCUGGUUGGGAGUGGUUCCCCUCCAGGGGCUCUUCUCUGGGGGUCCGGAGGGAGAUCGUCCGGGGCGUGUCGCUGUGCCAGCCUGGCCCCCACGCCGUGCUCCUGGUGGUGCCCCUCUCCUUCUCCUUUACCAGACGGGAGCGGCAGGCGGCCGAGGAGCAUGUGGAUAUGUUGGGGGAGCGGGCUUGGGGGCAUACUGUGGUGCUUUUCACGGUGAAGGGUGGGCGGCUGAAGGAUGCCACCUUAGAGGAGGAGGUGGAGGAGAGUGAGGAACUCCAGGGCCUGGUGGAUCGAUGUGGGGGCCGCUAUCAUGCCCUCUAUGGGAGGCCCAGGAAGGGCCACGAUGCCGUGGCAGAGCUACUUGAGAAGCUGGACAACAUGGUGGCCAAGAACAGAGGGGAGUUGCUCUCCAGCAAGGAGGUACUGGAGGAGGCCAGGGAGAAAGAGGAGGAGGAGGAGAGGAGGCAGCAGGAGGAGGACAGGGAGAGAGAGGAGGAUCUGAGGAGGGUCAAGGAGGCUUUGAGAGAGCUGGAGAUGGAGGAGGAGAUGGAGGAUGUGCAAGGGGAGGGAGAGGAGGCCACAGAGGAGUCCACGAGACAGCAGAGAGGGAGGAGAUACACAGAUGAGAAAUCAGACACAGGUGUGGAAAGCAGCUCAGCAGAUCCUACAUCAGCCCCACCACACCUCACCUGGUCUGACCUCAGGGCCAUUAGAGAUCAGAGAUGUAAGACACAAUAAAAGAGGGGAGAAGAACUUGCUGACUUCCUGAUGGUCUAUACUGACUACAGUCCAAAAUACAUUCAUAUUUUCCACUAUUGAUUUUGGAUAUGGACUGCCAAUUCUGUACAAAUAAGAUUAUUUGAAAAAAAGGUCUACUUGUGGCAGUAGCAUAGCCAGAAAGUCAUUGAUGAGCCUCCAGAAAUUUGUGUGGGCCCCCCCAAAAAUAAAAAAAUAAAAGACAACAGCUAACUUCAUGUAAUUCUACACAUUUAGCUAUUGGGGCAGAGAGAAAAAUGUGCAUUUCUGUAGCUAAUCUCAUGCUAUUCUACACAUUCUAAUUAAAGCUCAAAUAUACAUGUGUUGACUGUGAUAAAGGCACUUGAUUAUGA